UCAUUGAAUUCUCUAUCAGUUUCAAAAUUCCCAAAUGCCACGCGUUGCCCACUUCUUUCUCCUUUCACUAUAAAAAGCCAUUCGAUUUCAUCAUCACCAUCAAACACUCCUUUUAACUUCACAACAAAAUUGAAAUACCUCAUUCUAUGAUGAACUCACACAACCAACAGCUUUCCCUCUUAUGUCUUUCUCUAGCACUUCUACUUCUCUCAGGUUUGAGAGUUGAGGCUAGGUUGCAACAUCAUGCGACCAGUUACCAAAAAUUGUUUGUUUUUGGCGACUCCUAUGUGGAUACUGGAAACACGAGAAUAGAUCAACCUGGGUCGUGGAAAAACCCUUACGGCAUAACUUUCCCCGGAAAACCUGCCGGAAGAUUCUCGGACGGUAGAGUUCUAACAGACUACAUUGCUAAGUUUUUGGGACUCAAAUCGCCUCUUCCCUACAAAUUUAGGAAAUUCAUUCCACAAAAUUUGAAAUACGGGAUGAACUUUGCAUAUGGUGGUACUGGCGUGUUUGACACAUCCUCCAAAAACCCAAACAUGACAAUCCAAAUAGAUUUCUUCAAGCAGUUGAUCAAAGAAAAUGUGUACACAGCUUCAGACCUCAGCAAUUCUGUGGCACUUGUCUCUGUCGCAGGAAAUGAUUACAAUUUCUACUUGGCAAGAAAUGGCUCUAUUCAGGGUUUUCCCUCUUUCAUCGCCUCGGUGGUUAAUCAAACUGCAAUCAACUUGCUUCGCAUCCAAAGUCUGGGAGUGAAGAAAAUUGUUGUGGAUGGUCUACAGCCACUUGGAUGUCUUCCUGGAAACACAGCCUCAUUAUCAUUCCAAAAAUGUAACAGUACCUUCAAUGACCUCGUACUGCUCCACAACAACUUAUUGAACCAAGCUGUGACCAAGUUGAAUCAACAAACCAAGAAUCAAACAACAUUCAUCGUUCUUGAUCUUUACGACAGUUUCUUGUCGGUGCUGAACAACCCAUCUAACAAUAACAUCAAGGACGCAUUCAAGCCUUGUUGCGUUGGUAUAAGCAGCCAAUAUUCAUGUGGAAGUGUGGAUGAAAACAAUGUUAAGAAAUAUAAGGUCUGUGAUCAUCCCAAAUCAGCUUUCUUUUGGGACCUUUUGCAUCCCUCUCAAGCUGGUUGGCUUGCCGUGUAUAACGAGUUGCAAACCUCAAAGGCUCUUCAACAAAUCCGAUACUGAAGAGCUUUGCACAUGCAGCUAUUGCUAGGGCUCUUGUUUGUUGUGUGAUAACGGUGCACCCUCAUUUCAUUUCUCAAUUUAUCCACAAAUUGUGUUUUGUUUUUAUUUUAUUCAAAAUUUUAUAUGGGUGAAAUGCUUAAAUAGACUGCUCUUUUUUGUGAC